AUGCAUAUAAUAGCCAGACGAGUUGCGAUAGGCUUUGGCUCCCCAGUCUUCAGUUCUCUGUGCACCAGCAGCAGCAGACUCACCAGCAGCCGCAGUAGGUUCUGUACGAUGGCCGGACAAGUGGUAUUCAACAAGCCAAAGGUUGAGCUGCAUGUGCACCUCGAUGGAGCCAUCAGGGUGCAGACUAUUCUCGACGUUGCCAAGAGACGCGGCAUCGCUCUGCCAGCAAAUACUGUGGAGGAGAUGAAGCAGAUUAUUAUUCUCCAAGAGCCGGCCACCCUCACCAAGUUCCUGGGCAAGUUCGCAGAGUACAUGCACGUGGUUGCCGGUGACAGAGAGGCCAUAAAGAGGAUCGCCUACGAGUUUGUCGAGGACAAAGCAAAGGAGGGAGUGAUUUACGUUGAGGUCAGAUACAGCCCGCAUUUCCUGGCUAACACUAAAGUGGACCCAAUACCAUGGGACCAGGAAGAAGGUGACCUGAGCCCAGACGACGUGGUGCAGCUGGUUAACGAGGGCCUCAGCGAGGGGGAGAGGGCCUUCAAUAUCAAAGCCAGGUCCAUUCUAUGCUGCAUGCGCCACAUGCCAAGCUGGUCCAUGGAUGUCGUGGAGUUGUGUAAGAAAUACCGCAAUGAAGGUGUGGUUGCCAUCGAUCUGGCAGGCGAUGAGUCACUCAACUGUGAAGCCAAUCCAGGACACAGACGGGCCUAUGAGGAAGCGGAGCGCUGUGGCGUCCACAGGACAGUUCACGCAGGAGAGGUGGGCCCGUCGAUUGUUGUGAAGGAGGCUGUGGAAAUCCUGAAAGCUGAGCGAGUUGGACACGGUUACAGAACCCUGGAGGACCAAGAACUGUACAGAGACCUGCUGGCUCAGAACAUGCACUUUGAGGUGUGUCCCAUUUCCAGUAAGCUGACAGGCGCCUGCGACCCAGACUUCACCAAGCAUCCCGUCAUCACGUUCAGGAAGGACAAGGCGAACUACUCCCUGAACACAGAUGACCCUCUGAUUUUCAACUCCACCCUGCACCUCGACUACAACGUCGCGCAUGAAUACAUGGGAUUCACGGAGGAGGAAUUCAAACGCCUGAACAUCAAAUCUGCAGAGUCGUGCUUCCUGCCUGAGAAGGAGAAGAAAGAGCUCCUCCACAAACUCUACGAGGCCUACGGGAUGAUACAGACGACCGCCUUUUAAACUUAACAGAGGAGGAAGUCUGAGGAGGAGACGUGAAGGAGCUCACCCAGGAACAACCGCUCUGAACCUUUCAUCUCCCCACCUGACACAGCCGAAUGUCUUUUUCCAAUUUUGUAACCAGAGGUAAAAACCAACAGAUUUAUAUAUCAAAUAUGCUGUCUGCUGCCUUCACUUCACACAUCUUUACGUCAUCAGCAUGUGUUUUGUCAGUAUUCCAUCAUCAGACACCUUUAAUGCUUUCGUUUACAGUUUUCAGAGGGUGUCAUGGUGCUCUGCAAGGUGCAAAAAAGAAAAAAAAGAAAAAAUGGGGGCAUGCAAGUGUUAAUGAAGCAGGUUUUUUUUGGAUACGUUCAUCUUGCGUUUACAUCCUGUUGUCACGGAGAAAAUCAGGGAAACUUUUGAUGCACAAUUACUUUACAGUUUAGACACUUUGUCAGCAUGUGAGCGAUGAGGGAGGUUGUUUGUUGUUCGUCUUUGGUGUGAAAGCAUGUGGUGACGGAGAAUUAAAUUUACUACUUAAAAGGGAAAACAUGGUUUACAGUGAAUAUCCAGCGUCAGAAAUAUUUUGUGCUUUUUGCCCUCCACAUUUAAAAACAGGUAAAACGGCUCAAUACCAAAAGUGUAGUCUUAUGUUCAAACACUGGGGGGCGCACUAUAAUCACCUAGAUGGACAAACCACAGUGUUUGAUACCGCAUAUCCUAAUUACUCAAUUUUUUUUUGAUGUAUAUAUUUAUUUAAAAUGUUUUUUUCAUUUCACUAAAUAAAAAAGCACUUCCAUU